CUUGAAGAAGCUGUGUGUCCCUGUCUUCAUGCUCCUUUCUCCUAUGCUGCCUGCUCACCAUUGACUAAUCCCCCCUAAAAGUUACGUGGUCAAGCCGCCAGCUUGUCACAUAUGGUGUUUCGGAUGUGGGCAAAAUAAGGAGCAAUUAAAAGACAUACACCUGUUUAAAGGGCUGAUGAGCCUAAGAGACUUUACGUAUAAGCCAGUGAUGAAUAUGGCAAGUGCUGCUAAUCCAAUUUCUUCAGCUGUUCAGCAGGAGGCUGUGAGGGCUGUGUUAAAGAAACAGGAACAGCAAGGCGGCGACUGGUGGAUGCAGUUCCUCAACGAUUGGGAGAGAGUCCGCACAGCGAGUGUGGUAAAGACACCGGAAGUGAGAGAAACUUUGCGGAUGGUAAAGGAGAGCGCUGCGGCUAGAUUCAAGCCAGGUGAGCGUUCCAAAGUGCUGCAGGACCUGAGAGAGUGGCAGCAAAAGUUCAGUGUUACGGUUCCGCAACAGCUGCAAAUGUGGGCGGAAGUAAGGCCAGCAGCUGAGUCUGUAGCUGGUGGUGGUGAAUUGCCAGGAGCAAAGGAGGCUCCUACAAAGUCUUCAGUGAAAGAGACUAAUGUUUUCUGUGUACCACAGAGAGAGCUGUACAGACAGGAUGUCUUGGUGUUACAGCAGUGUAAAGUGAGACAGAUGAAGAGGGAUGACCUAAGCCACAUGGAGGAGCCAUGCUGGAGAUGCCACAGAGUUGGUGAGUGUGUCCCGACCUGUCCAGUGUUAAAGCAGCUAGAAGUGAGAGAGGCUUCACAAGUGCCAGGAGAGUCUACUGCGUCUGGAUUCAAAGUCCAGUCUGGCAUAUUUGGCGAGAAUUCAUCCCCAGCGGUUCCACACCGGAGGCCCUGCUACAGGAAUGAGCAAAUAGACCAGAAUUUGAUUCUUCAGGAUUGUUAUUGCAUCAACAUCUCAUCAGACACCCAGCAGCAUUUACUGUAGGCAGGACCAUACAUUUUUCAUCUGUCUUAAAGGUGACAAUGGCUGAAAACAUGCAAAAAAGG